AGGCUAUUCGUUUCUGUCCUGCUGACCCAAGGAUAGUGUUGAUUCAGAGGUUGCGUAAAACAUUUGUUUUAACUAAUCAGUCGUUUUCUCCAAACCUGUAACGAAACAAAACUUAAGUAGGGUGGUGUACGCUUCCAGCUUUUCCUGUAAUUAUCCAUCGUUGUUUACUUGGCUAUUUAAAUUAUUAAAUGGGUUACACAUGACUUGUAUAUGAGUUAAUUCUAAAGUAGACAAGUUUUAUAAGAACUAGUUGUCCAUUUAGGCUUCUUUCAUCGUAUCCAGAAAUGUCGACCGUAAUUGAUUUAACAGAUGAAGGCACGGUUCUUGUCCAUUCUGAUCUGGAUGCGAUGGAGUCAACGUGCAACGAGUUGCAUGUCGGCAGUUCACAUAAAGGAGGUCUGUCUGACAUUUCGACAAUAUCCUCUAUUGUUUCUGCUCAGAGUGAGACAGCAAGCAAUUCUGGACAACAUCAAUUGAAGGUCUACCUAAGGGUCAGGCCAUUUUCCAAAGAAGAGAUGUCGAGUAAUGAAGAUCAGCGCUGUGUAGUUUUGGAAAGUGCUCAGACAGUCUUGCUGCAGGCUCCAAGGGGAUCAGCAACUUUAAAGAGCAGUGAAAAGGGAAUUGGGCAGGCUGUGCAUAAAUUCUCUUUCUCUCAGAUCUUUGGGCCCAAGGUUGAUCAAGCUAACUUUUUUGAAGGCACCAUAAAAAGUCAAGUGCAUGACUAUUUGGAAGGGAAGAAUGCUCUCAUCUUUACAUAUGGGGUGACAAACGCAGGCAAAACUCACACAAUACAAGGAUCUCACAAAGACCCUGGACUUUUACCUCGUGCACUUGAUUUGAUCUUCAAGCACAUUAAAGGGAAGCAGUAUGACCAAGUGAAUUUGAAACCAUAUCUUAGCAGUGAUGUACAGUUUCUAGGUCCUGAUCAAGUCAAAUUGGAGAAAAGUGAAAAGGCUGCACUGUUUGCAUUGCUGAAGGAGGAAGAUGAUCAGCAUUCAAAAGCAGAUGGAAGUUCAGUCAAUACAUCAACCUCUUCAGUAUCCAGUGUGUCCUUUUCGUCCAUUUCCUAUGACCAAACGGUUGACUCUGACACGACUUCUGAAAAGUUCUCCAUGUGGGUCUCUUUCUAUGAGAUCUACAACGAGGCUGUGUAUGACCUGCUGCAGCCUAUCCCAUCUGCCAAGAACAAGAAACGCAGUGCACUGAGAGUCUGUGAAGAUGGUACAGGGAAUUCUUAUGUCCGAGAUUUAAAGUACAUAAAUGUCCAAAACUCGGGGGAAGCUUGCAGAAUUCUGAAAAUCGGAAAUAAACACAGAAGUGCUGCCUCCACAAAGCUGAACCAGUCCUCAAGUAGAAGCCACAGUAUAUUUACGAUCAAACUCCUGAAAAUCGAUGGCUCUCAAGUUCAGAGGAUUUCGGAGCUCUCUUUGUGUGACUUGGCUGGUUCUGAAAGAUGCAAUAAGACCAAGACUUUUGGAGAGCGCUUGAAGGAGGCAGGAAACAUCAACAAUUCUCUGCUUAUUCUGGGAAAGUGUAUUGCAGCCCUACGACACAACUGCAGUGAUCGAAUGAAGAACAACUAUAUUCCCUUCCGUGAGAGCAAACUUACCCGGCUCUUUCAGUCUGUAUUCUGUGGGAAGGGCAGAGCUUGUAUGAUCGUCAACAUAAACCAGUGUGCCUCGAUCUACGAUGAAACUCUGCAUGUCAUGAAAUUUUCAGCUGUUGCCAAGCAGGUGGUCCAGAUCAUUCCUACAAAACCCUUGGAGCACCUGGCACCCAGACUGGUGGGCAGGGAUGGGAAGCCUCUGGUUAAAGAUGGGGUCAUCGAUGGGGAAGCUCUAGAGAGUUACCUCUCUGAGGAAGAGCUGCUGGAUGAGGAGGAUGAAGCGGAGAUGUCCAUCCUGCCUCAGGAGGACCUUCUGAACGUCAUUGAGAAUCUGAAAGAGAAGCUGUUGGCAGAGCGGCGCAGAAACCUGGUCCAAGAGAUUGAGAUCCGUAAGGAGAUGGGUGACGCCAUGCUGCAGCAGCUCAUGGAGAGCGAGGAACUGAGGAGCCGGCAGAUGGCUGAACUAAAGGAAAGCUAUGAGGAGAAGCUGGAAAACACCUUUGAGCUGUAUAAAGAUGCCCUCAAAGAUCACGCCUAUCAGUGUGCCCUUGAGCGGAUUGAGGACAAAUAUGUGCACGUGGACGAGUUUUUUGCUGAACAGCAGAAGACUGAGGAGUUCAAGAGAAAGCUGGUGGAGGCGGAGAACAGGCUGCAGAGUUCUGCACAGCGUGUGGUGGUGGUUACCAUGGAGAGUGCCACUCAGUGCUCCCCAGAGUCACUUGCACAGGAAAUGGCUGCAGAUUUGAAGAAAUACCAAAUACUCAAUGAGGCAAAAUGUGCUGCUGAAAAUCUCUGUAAAAAGAAAGAGGAGAUGAUCAAGUCCCUGGAAAAGAAGAUUGGGGAGCUGUCUGAAACCCUUCAGGAAGCAGGGGAGAGCUUCAUGGAAAAAUCGGCUGAAAUUGAGGGACUACGAAAGAGCCUUGCUGGCCAGGGCCUUGAAAUCAAUAGACUGCAGAGGGACUUGGCUGAAAAAGAUACUUUAGUUUCAUCUCUGACAGAAGAAUUGGCAAAGCUUUCAAAGGGGCACCCCAGCCAAUCUAGACCACGAAGGGGCCUGCUAGCAAACAUAAGGGAGUCCGUCACAUCUCCCAGAAAGGGACCCCUCGGCCGGACCUUGAGGAAGUCCGUAAAAGCCACUUCCUCUUCGACCACAAAGAAAACACCCUUUCACUGAAUUUUUACCUUUCUUUACUUUUUAAGUGUUUCUUUUAAAAUGUUUUAAUAAAUUUGUUUCAAUGUUUA